UCUGACUGUAAAAUAAUGACGUUUAAAAAACACAGUUGUAGUCUCGCCUGUGGGAAGUUGACCUACUAAAAGGUAUCGUAGUCCUACAGCAUUUUCUGCUAUCGCAAAUUAAUCAAACCAAUUCGUGAUGGCGUCACUGACGCUUGUUGCAACUGGGUGGAGCGCGCGGGGCAGGUGAGAGUGCCGCUCUGCCUCCAUCGGUGGUAGACCAUUGGUACGGCGCUCGAGCCGCUUUUUGUUUCUUUAGACGGAGGGUAGCGUAGGCAGUCAUGGGCAAGCUUCAGGAAUUCGAUAUUACUUUCACCAACAGUAAGGUGGUUUAUAGUCCUGGCGAAUCCAUUAGCGGAACUGUGAAAAUCAGGACUGGUACCUCGCUGCAAUAUAAAGCCAUCAAGGUCAACUGCCUGGGGUCAUGUGGGGUCUCCAACAAGAUGAACGAGGCCACCUGGGCCCUGGAGGAGCAGUACUUCAGCAGCAUGCUGUCUGUGGCUGACAAAGGCACACUGGCAGCUGGUGAACAUACCUUCCCCUUCCAGUUCCUGAUCCCAGCCUUAGCCCCGACCUCGUUUGAAGGGCCGUUCGGUAAGAUAAUGUACCGUGUGAGAGCAGCAAUCGACACGCCCCGCUUCUCAAAGGACUACAAGGCCCAGCGAGCCUUUUACCUGCUCAACAUGCUCAACCUCAACCUAGUACCUGACAUUGAGCUACCCAGCUAUGCUGUGACCACUAAGAAGUUCAGCUACCUGCUGGUGAAGACAGGCACGCUGAUGCUGAAGGCCCACAGUGACCACAGAGGCUACACUCCAGGCCAGGUCAUCAGGCUUGCCGCAGAGAUCCACAACAAGUCAGGCAAGGACACGGGCUGCGUGCUGGCCAGCCUCAUACAGAAAGUGACCUACAAGACCAAGCGGGUGGUGUUCGACCUGCGGACCAUCGCUGAGGUGGAGGGGGCCGGGGUGAAGGCGGGAAAACACGCCGAAUGGAGGGAGCAGAUCAUCGUUCCGCCCCUCCCCCAGUCAGCCCUGGAUGGGUGCAGCCUGAUAGAUGUAGACUACUUCAUCCAGGUAUCACUGAAGUCACCCGAAGUCAUCGUCACCCUCCCCAUCUACAUCGGAAACAUGGCUGUGAACUUGUCUCCAUCGAGACCCAAGCCCCCGACCCCCGCGGCCCCCAGCCCGGGCGUGGUGACCCCCAGCGCCCCCCCAGCCGAGGAGGACGUGGGGGAGGAGCUGGGAGCCGGUGGGCUGGCCAGCGAGGAGAUCCCCACUAAGAGCCACUCCCAGCAGGAUCCGUCUGGCCAGCCGGCCUCCCUGUCCUCCAGCGCUGUCAGCUACGCGCCGGGCGCCGCCUUCUCCCCCCCGGGUCAGAGGGGUGGCAAUGGUGCCGACUCCUCAACCCGUCUGUUCUGUGUGUCCACUGGGGCCACCAUACCGUUCUUCACAGACGACAAUGCCGCCCCCGUGCCCACCACCUGCCCUCUCAUCCUGCCUCCCGAGUACAGCACCUGGGACUACCCACAUGAACCCCCUCCCACCUACGAGGAGAGCUGUAGCAGUGAGAACUCCAGCUUCAACAGCCGGCAGUAGACAACGUUCUCAACCCUCCCUGCUGGACAUGUAGGGUACUGCAGCCCUAGCAGGAACCGCACGGGACACACGUGUUCUUUGAGGUUGUUUCCUUUGAUUUAGAAACACAAAAAGGGAAUUGUAACUGAUAAUCGGCAUAUUGUUUUGUGUGUCAAAGCGUUUUAAGUCCGUUUCCCCAGGGCUAAGGAUGUCUCAGACGAAUUGGAGAGCAAAGAUGAGCCAGUAAGGAGCUCUUUGUAGUCUCUCCCUGCUAUAGUCAGUCGGCCAUUAAUCAAAUAUUUCUGGCAUCUGGGAUGUUAAGGAGCACGAGCGGCCGACUGACUAGUCCUAGCCCGUGGCCGACUGACUAGUCCUAGCCCGUUUUGACUUCAACCCAAAGACGGCCUUUAUAUUAGCCUCUCCUCGUAUGCACUACCGUGAUUCAACCACUUGUCAUCAUGCAUGACGUUGCUCGUUCCUGACAUGGGUGGAGUGCAGGAGAGUAAAACUGCUGGAGAUCACAAGGUGUUUGUGCGCCCUCUGCUGGUACAGAACAGAACCUACACAAACUUGAACUGAAAACACUGGCGUUGACUUCAGGAAGAAGUAACCACCUUAGCUUGUGAUGCACCAGCUACGAGUUCCUCAAACAUGUAUCUAUUUCAUUAUCAUCCUCAUCGUAAUCUUCAACAGAUAUCUGUAUGAGAACUGUGAUAUCAAAGAUUGUUUUUUGUCAUUCCUAAAAGAUAAUGUAGUUCCAAAUCAUUAUUUUCAUCCUGGGUGAAAUUUCAGUUGGUUAUGGCCUUAAAUACUUCUGUUCUGUCUGUGUGUGUGUAAUGACCAUUGCCUUUUAAUUAAGAACCAUGUACUCUCACAAAGCAGAAAAGUAUGUUGAACUAACAAACUGUGAGCUAAUGUGUACGCAAGACAGCACUUUUGACGGUUUGAAACUGUUUUUAUAUCUCUCCAUGUAUGUUUGAGUGUGUGUGUAUUCAGCAGUUUCUGUUCAUUCUAUGAAGCAGAUUCUUUCAGUUGAAAUCACUGGAUCGGCGUCUCCCACCUUGGGACUCCAUGUCCA